AUGCCCGAUAAUUCGGUGGAUCCGACCCUCCCACCACCUGCAGUACGCGAUGUUCUUCGCGUGGGUCUCAGCGCUAAAGAGUACCGGAUCCUUCACGAGACUCUCUUGAAACGCGCCCCGGCGGUCCAAGCCAAACUCCCAUCCCCAUCGCGAUUCGAUGCCAUCGUCCGUCCCAAGAAUCGACAUAGCGAGGCCGCCAUCCGCGCAUCGCUGCGCGUAUUUGUCGGAUCAGGAAUUGCUUUGAAGUUGGCCGACCUCCUGAUCGCUCGUUUCCAAGGCACCACAGAGAAGAAGACCCGCACCCCACUCCUCCGCUCUCCCAAGUUCCGUCUCUCAAUCUCCUUAUCGCUCCUUCUAUUCAUCCACCGACUCCUGUAUCGCUUCCUGGUUCGAUUGCGAGCAAACCUCCGCACCGAUGAUGCGCAACCAUUCAGAGAGCGCAAUCCGCGCAUUUCACGCGCGUUGACCUCGCGCUAUGCCCCGGCCAUUGGCGCCAGUUUGGCGGGCUUUGCUCUAGGCAUUGCACCCCAGGAUCAGCUGCGACUGACCGCGGCGGUCUACUCUGGCAUGCGAAGCUUGGAGUUCUUGUUCAAUUUCAUUGAUUCCAAGGGUUGGUUGGGUAAACGUCCGGAGUGGUUUGGAAGCUGGAUGUUGAUGCCCGUUGCGUUUGCGCAACUUUUCCAUGCCUUUGUGUUUGAUCGGGAAACAACACCCUCGUGGUUUGGGAACGUCAUUCUCAGACUCUCACCCAGUUAUAUCCAAAGCCGACCCGAGGCGCUUCCGGAUCAUGUUGCUUGGCCCGAGAAACAACAGAUUGUGGAUUCUCUGGCGUCUAUUGCGAGUCUCCGCUGGCCGGCCUUCGUCUCCCCAAUCCUACACCCUAACGACCCUAACAUCUUGCCAUCUUCUGUGUCGUCCAUUUCGCCAAUUACUGGCCCGGCACACCCCGCCAUAACCAGCCUAUCAUGCGCUCUUUUGCACCCAAACCUACCAAAUUGCAGCACGGCAUUCCUGCACCAUAUUCUCCUCUCUGUGCCGAUGCUCGCGCGGUUCAUCACCAGCGUCACUCUGGCCCUGUCAAUCCCUAAACUCAAGACCAUCAUGCUUCAGCCCAUGUCGUCAAUCAAUGACAUAUCCAAGCGCAUCAUCAAGAUGACAGCAGUUCUAUCCCUCGCCAUCGGGUCCGCCUGGGGUAGCGUUUGUCUUUUGGACAAGAAUCUGCCCCGGUCCACACUGCCCACCAAGCGUUUCUUCAUCAGCGGAGCACUAGGCGGCCUGCCAUUCAUGUUCCUGGGCAACAGUCGCACCACAUUCCUCUACUUCUUCCGGUCCGCUAUUGUUUCCGCAUACAAAUCCGGAAUCAAGCGGGGCUUGUGGAAGGGACGAAAGGGCGGUGAGCUACUACUGUUUGUUCUCUCAUGGGCACUGAUGGGCUCGAUCCUUGAAGCGAACCCUAACGCCGUGCAAGGUGGGGGUCUACGCAAGGGUCUUGCCUGGCUGAGAGGCGAUGGGUUCGCAGACCCAGUGGAGGUGAAGCGCAAACCCCGACGGGACAGGAAGCCCGGUAAUGAAUAA